AUGGGCCAUGGGGCAGCAGCAGCAGCAGCGCGGCGGCGAGUGAAGCCGCCUUCCACGCCCACCGAGGGAGGCUCGGAGUGUGAGACUGUGUGUGUGCGUGUGUGUGGUGUAGCGGAGAAAAAAGUCGCGGAGUGUUGUCGCGGAAAAAUGUUGUUGAGUGUUGUCCGCCGCGGUUGCGUUGCCCUGCGGUGUGUGUUGGCGCGUUGGGCCCCGUUUUGCCGCCCCGCCCCGGGCAUAACUCCGCCGCCGCCUCUGGUGACCGCCUUCUGCCGUCUUUUUCUGCUUGAGGAGGGAAAGGGAGGGAAGCGGCGCGGGAAGGAACGCGAGAGGGGGGAAUGGCUGGAGUGUCGGGUGCAGCCGCGGCGUGUCCGGCGGCCGUUGUCACCGGGGCGACGCGGCGCGUCGGCCGCAGCAUCGCCCUGCGGCUGCACCGGCGGGGGUUUCGAGUUGUCGUGCACUACCGCCACUCCGAAUCGGCGGCGCAGCGUCUCGUCGCGGAGCUCAACGCCUCCCGUGCCGAGUCUGCCGCGGCGUGCGGGGGGGGGCCUUGGCCUCGGCGGCCCUCUCCUCGAGUGCUGCGAGGGCAUCAUCGACUGCUCGUUCCGCGCCUUUGGUCGGUGCGACGUGCUGGUGAACAACGCCUCCGCGUAUUGCCCGACCCCGCUGCUGCCCGGAGACGACACGGGCGACGCCGCGGGCGCCCAGCCGUUUGAUGUGCGCGUCGCCGAGCUGUUGGGCUCAAACGCCGUCGCGCCGCUGUUUUUGAUCCGGGCGUUUGCCCGCCGACAGGCCGAAGUGGGCGGGUCGGAGGGUCGCGACCUGUCGGUGGUGAACCUCUGCGACGCCAUGGCCGACCUCCCGCUGCCGGGCUUUUCUGCCUACACGAUGGCGAAGCACGCGCUCGACGGGCUCACGAGGGCGGCGGCGCUGGAGCUGGCGCCGCGCCACAUCCGUGUCAAUGCGGUGGCGCCGGGGUUGGGUCCUCUCCCCCCCGCAAUGCCGCAGGCGACGCGGGAGGAGUACCGCCGGAAUGUGCCGCUCGGCCAGCGCGAGGCCUCCGCCGCCGAAAUCGCGGACGCCGUCGCCUUCCUCGUAUCGAAGGACGCAGCGUACAUCACCGGCGCCACGUUGAAGGUGGACGGCGGGCUGAGUCUCGCCCGGGCGUGA